CGUUCGCAGGACCAGCUACCAGCGUGGUGUAUACAUUUGCACGUGACUCCUUAAUUACGUUAGUAUUACUAGUUCUAUAAAUCGGUAGCUUUGCAGCGAGCAGACGCAGACAAGUGGAAUGAAGACACUAAUUGUAGGAAUUGGAUGACCAAUGGAGGAAAAACUACACUUGCCUCAAGUCUGCAAGAGCAAAUACCCAACAGCUGCAUCAUUGCACAGGAUUCAUAUUUUAAGGAUGACUCUGAGGUGCCGAUGGACAGCAAUGGGUUCAAGCAAUAUGACAUCCUCGAGGCUCUGCACAUGCAGAUGAUGAUGAGGGACGUUGACUCCUGGCGAAGAGAUCCCGAGUCGUUCCUCAGACAGCAAGGCCUGGAGACCCAGCUUAUAGAACCAUCAGUCGAUAACCAGGUGUUCGUGCUCAUAGUGGAAGGCUUCCUCAUUUUCAACUACAGGCCUCUGGAUGAACUGUUUGACAAAAAAUAUUUCAUGGAAAUACCUUAUGAUGCCUGCAAGAGGAGACGAAGUUUAAGAGUGUACACACCUCCUGAUCCUCCCGGCUACUUCGACGGAUACGUGUGGCCAAUGUACCUGAAAAACCGAGAAGAGAUCGAGAGUGACACAUCAGAAUUUGUAUUUCUGGAUGGUUUGAAGCCAAAAGAAGAGCUGCUGGCAGCUGUGUGUAAAGAUCUUUGUCAGGAAAUACAAAGACUCAGAGAGAAAAACUGAAUUGACCAGCGUAUUAUUUAUUUGCCAUUUGAAGAUGAAGAUCACUGCUCCCAUGGAUGUUAGGACCACUCUCAAUUAGACUAAUGUGUGACUGAAAGGACCAAAUUAAGCUGUGCGAAUAUCCUGGAAUAAACGAGCUGUAGCAUCUGAAGUUAUCUGCCUGGAGACUGAAGCAAAUGUCUUUACCAUAAAUGUACAGUAUUUUGAAAAGACAAACACUGUGGGACAUAUAAAUGUGAUGUUUGAGGACUUGCAGUUUACUAAUCCAAUAAUCGUAUCGGUAUGUGUAAGCUUAAGUUUGGUUUUAACUCCAUUUUCUUACUCGAUCCCUGCAUCCUGUGAGGAAAUUUUUAAAGUUUGUUUUUUUCUAAUAUGUUCUGUAGAAUAAAUUAAGUGUACAUCCAUUAAAACAGCUUAACAGAAACACUAACUGUUA